AUGGGCAUUGUCGCUUCAUCCUCUUCCUCUUCUGCACUUUCUUCCAAAAAGUAUGAUGUAUUUAUGAGCUUCGGAGGAGACAACACCCGCACCAACUUCACUAGCCAUCUUUAUACUGCCCUCUGCCGCAACAAGAUAGAAACCUACAUGGAUUACAGACUUCACAAAGGAGAUGAGAUCUCACCUGCACUUAUCCAAGCUAUCAAGAACUCCACCAUAUCUUUGGUGGUGUUUUCGCAAAACUAUGCUUCCUCAAAAUGGUGUUUGGAUGAGCUCACCCAGAUACUCCAAUGCAAAAGGGCUCAGGGGCAGAUUGUUAUUCCUGUGUUUUAUAAAGUUGACCCUUCAGAAGUGCGGAAGCCAGAAGGGGCUUACAAGAAGGCAUUUGAGAAACAUGAGAGAGCUUUUCGUCGCAACAUUCACAUGGUGAACAAUUGGAGAAAUGCUCUUUUUGAGAUGGCCAACUUAGCUGGGUGGGACUCUCAAACUUGUAGGGAUGAAUCAAAGCUCAUUCAGAAUAUUGUCAACUAUGUUUUAAGGAAACUGAAUAAUAGGUAUCCAUUCGCGUUGAAAGAUCUUGUUGGAAUUGAUGAAAAUUGCCACUGUAUUGAAUUGUUGCUGCAAAAGGCGCCAGUAUUUGGAAUCUGGGGUAUGGGUGGCUUAGGCAAGACAACCAUGGCCAAGGUUGUCUUUGCCAAACUUUUUUCUCAAUUUGAAAGUAGCUGCUUCAUGGAAAAUGUUAGGGAAAUGACAGAAAAGCAUGGAAUAAGUUAUGUACGUGAUAAACUUAUAUCGGAGCUAUUAGAUGAUGAAAAUUUGCAUGAUGGCCCAUCUAUAGUUUCAGGAUCCACAUUUGCUAUGAGGAGACUUGACAGGAAAAAGGUUUUGAUUGUGCUUGAUGAUGUAUCCCAUUCAAAGCAUCUAGAUAGUCUGGCUAAAGAAUGUGGUAACUUGGGACCUGGCAGUAGAGUCAUCAUAACAACAAGAGAUAAGCAGGUACUUGCUGGAAGAGUUGAUGAGAUACAUGAGGCUAAGGCGCUGAUUGAUCAUGAAUCCCUAAAGCUAUUCUGCUGCAAAGCCUUCCACAAAGACCACCCAGAAAUUGGAUAUGAAGAACUAUCAGAAAGGGCGGUUGCUUAUGCCAAAGGGAUUCCCUUGGCUUUGACAGUCUUGGGUUCAUAUCUUCACUCCAAGACUACCAAAGAAUGGGAAAGUGCAUUAAGAAAACUGAAAAAGACUCUCAAUGAAGAUAUUCAAGAAGUAUUAAAACUGAGUUAUGACGAACUAAAUGACGAGGACAAGGAAAUGUUUGUAGAUAUUGCAUGUUACUUAAAGGGUGAAUGGGAACGAAAUGUUAUAAGAUUAUUUGAGAGCUAUGGUCUCCAUGCAAGUAUUGGCAUAAGAACCCUUUUAGAUAAGACUUUAAUAACUCUUGACUCCUUUAGAGUGCAAAUGCAUGACCUAAUACAAGGAAUGGGCAAUGAAAUUGUUCGUCAGCAGUGUUUAAAAGAACCUCGAAAAAGGAGCCAUUUGUGGAAUCAUGAAGAAGUUUAUGAUGUAUUGAAAAAUAAAAAGGGUACUGAUGCAAUUGAAAGCAUAACAUUUGAUAUGUCUCAAAUUAAAGAGGUAUCCUUGACUGCUGAUGCUUUCAAAAAUAUUCCUAAUCUCAGAAGUCUCAAAUUAUAUUCCACGUCUCCUAAAAACUGUGCAAACCUUCCUUCCGGCCUUGAGUCAUUCUGUGACAGAUUAAGGUACUUUUAUUGGGAUUUCUUUCCUUUGGAAUCCCUUCCAGCAUCAACCUUCUGUAUGCAGAACCUUGUUGAAAUUCACAUGAAGUAUAGCCAUGUUACAAAAUUGUGGGAUGGUGUACAGUUGAUAUAUCAUUCCGGCAGUAAAUCUGAGGCUUCUUCUCAGGGAGAUGAGGGUGGUUACAAUGUACAACUCUUGAAAAACCAGGACCUUGAAGGUUUUGAGCAUUCUCAUGUGCAGUGUGAGUUCGUCUAA